AUGCGGCGGAGACAGAGCUGGGUGCUGGCGCUGGCCGUGGGCAUCGCCCUCAGCUUCAGCCUCUCUGUGCUGUGGAGGCUUCAGAGCUGUGUCCCCCCGCCAGUGGAAACAGCCUCAUUUGCUGGUCCUACAGCAGCGUCCGAGCCAGGGAUCGGCUGGCCCACAGCCUGCACCCCGAAGCCCAGCCCUGAGGCCACGGGGAUGGACACAGAGCAGUGCCGGGAGCUGGGGCAGGAACUGAGCCAGCGCGUCCUCCCCGGCUCCCCGUUUCAGGGCGCCCCCUACGACAGCUGCGCCGUGGUGGGGAAUGGGGGGAUCCUCCAUAACAGCGGCUGUGGCCCCGAGAUUGACCGCGCCCAGUUCGUCAUCAGGUUUGGGGCACUGAGACGCUGGCGCCGCUCCUUCGCAGAGGCGAUGGGCACCUAUGGGGCCCCGCUGCUCCUCAUCCCGGCUUUCAGCUUCAUCGGCUUCACCGCGGUCUCGUCCCAGGCACUCUACACCCUGGAGGACUUUGGCUCCCCGGCCCGCGCCGUCUUCAUGAACCCCGAGUACCUGGCGGGGCUGGACGGGCACUGGCAUCGCCGUGGCCUGCGCGCCAAACGCCUCUCCUCGGGCUUCAUGCUGGUGAACGCCGCCCUGGAGCUGUGCCAGCACCUCACCCUCUACGGCUUCUGGCCCUUCCCCACCGACCCCGAGGGGCGGCCCCUGUCCCACCACUACUACGACAACCAGCCCUCCAAGCCGGGCGUUCACGCCAUGCCCAACGAGUUCACCCGCUACCUGGGCAUGCACCUGCAGGGCGCGCUGCGGCUGCAUCUGGGGCGCUGCCAGGAGGGCCCGGCUGGCGGCUGCGCACAACAAGGCUCGGAGGGGGGGUCUGAAAUGAGCCCCCCGGCCCCUCAAUUCCACCUGACUCCCUCCCCAGGUACCAAAGGAGGAAAAUAG